AUGCGUACCUACGACGAUACUUUCUCCGGCGAGAAGAUCUACCCUGGAAAGGGCAAGCUCUACGUCCGUGGUGAUAGCAAGAUCUUCCGAUUCCAGAAUGGCAAGACCGAAUCCCUCUUCCUGCAGCGCAAGAACCCCCGUCGCAUUGCAUGGACUGUCCUUUUCCGAAGACAACACAAGAAGGGUAUUUCUGAGGAAGUUGCCAAGAAGCGAUCCCGCCGCACAGUCAAGUCACAACGUGCUAUCGUCGGUGCCUCUCUCGAUGUCAUCAAGGAGCGACGAACCAUGAGACCCGAAGCCCGAACCGCUGCACGCCAAGCUGCUAUCAAGGAGGGCAAGGAGAAGCGAGCUGCUGCUCAGAGUGCGAAGAAGGCCGAGAAGGCAAAGACUGCUGCUGGCGCCGCGAAGGGACAGGCUUCGAGAUUGACGAGCAAGCAAGGAGCGAAGGGUGCGCCAAAGAAGGUCCAGGCAACGAGCCGUUAAGACAAAUGGGUCCGGCUUCUCCUUGGUUUGUCGUUUGGUUUGUGGGACGGUCACGCAUGGAUGAGCAUCAUAUGGGUUUUGCAGAGUCUUCAAUCAUAGCCGAUAAAUGCAAGAGCAAUACGAAAUGACAUCUUCGUAGUCGUGCGGGGAUGAUAUACGUGCCAACGUGCAUAACCCUAAUUAUGACCGGGCGAUUGGGCUGCGAGUGAAGAGGUUUUUCUACCACGAAAGCCGGACUCUAAUCUCAUCCUCGCCGGUUCCGUUCUUGUCUCUGAGUAGAGCCUGAGCAUCCUGAGUACGCCCCUGAGUCAGCCUGCGCACCAUAAUGUAGAACACAUUUUGGCCUCCUGUGCGCCCCGGCUACAGUUUCCUUGCCAGAUUUUGCCCGGGAAUCCCUUUCUGCUCCCUUACAG